GCAGUGAGUCAUCUGAUUGCUGCAGUACUGAAAGAAAAUGCUUCUUCAGAGAAGAUCAGACAAGCAUCUGACCAGACUCCUGCUCUGAACCUGCUUUGGGAGAAGUGCUGCAGUGAGAAUGUUGCCCUGCGAACAGCCUGCUCUGAGGGGUUGGUGGCACUUGUAGCAGAGAAACAUGCUGAACUUGACUAUGUUCUUAAUGGAGCUCUCAACCUAAUUCCUUCAGCAAGGAAUGUGCAUGGUUUGAUAAAAACUAUUUGGAAAUUACUACAAAUUCAAGCUAUUCAACUGGGAAAAGAUGGAAAUGAAACUGCUCAGAGUUUGUAUGGAAUCAGGAACACUCCUCAUCCAUUAAUCACUGUCCUUGAAAACAGACCUGAUUCCUGGCCAGUUCUACUGCAGCAGAUAACAGUAUUUUUCCGUCAAUGUCCGGAGAGGGCACAGAGUUCAUGUGUUGGCAUAAUGGCUCCAUUUUUAAGAUACCUGUAUUGUGAACCAUCUCAAUUACGGGAAUAUGCUGAACUGCGAAUUACUUUACUGAAGGUCUUACUUCAGCCUCAUGGUCCAAAACACAAAGAAGCACCCUCUGUGCUGGAAUGUGAGAUUCUUCAACUUCUAUGCGAUUUGCUUCCACACCUUCAGCUUAAGGACUUACUGCAAGUUACAGAAGCCUCGUUUUUUCUGCAAGAGCUAUUCCUCAGCCUACUGCGGAAUCCUGUGUUCUGGAAAGUUCAGUUAUCCCAGUUCUGUCUGCAACUGUUAUGCUUCUGUGAAGUGUAUUUAAAUGUAAUGGGAGAAUGCUCAUCUUUGAUCUCCUUAAUAGAGGACAACUUUGAGGUCUUAAAAGAGGUAUUUCCAGUGGAACAGUGUAUAAUUGGGCUAGCGCUACUGUUGCUGCAAACACCAGAAAGUCAGCAAAAGUCUGUCUUGAGUCUAGCCUACAAGCUCCUUUCCUGUUCAGAAACCCAGAACAUCCCAAGCACAGCCCUUACUUUGGUGAUGCCAGUGCUACAGGUCUUAUCUUCUACAACAGUUGGGGACUGCCUGUCAGAGGAUGAUUCUGGGACUACCAGGCAGCAGCUGGCUGUAAAUGUUUUGGGAAUAUUACAGGAGAAAGGUGUGAAGGAUAAAAAGGAAUUGGUGUCCUGCAAACUGUUUUUCCCCAUAACCAGCUCUUACAACUCAUUGUAUGCAACCUGGAAGAUCAUAGAGCUCAUGAAAGAGAAGUCUGCAGUUACUAACUGGUUAUCGUCAGUGAGAUCAUUGCUGCCUGUUACAACCCAAGUCCCUGCCCACAUUUUUCUUCUGCUGGCUUACCUGCUGAUCCAAGAAAAUGGAGACAAUCUUCGUGAUGUACUCCAGACUACUACAGAAAUAGCCAAGGCUGAUUGUUCUCAGGUCCCAAAUCUGAUCCCUGUUCUGAUAUUUAAAUUGGGAAGACCUUUGGAGCCUGCACUUUACAGGGAUAUAUUAUAUACAUUGCCUACACUGGGUGUACACAAGGUUUGUGUAGCUCAGAUUCUACGUGCCAUACACAUGCUGUGGAGCACUCCAAAGCUUAGAUCAAUUGCUUUGCGGCUGAUGACAUCCUUAUGGGAAAGACAGGAUCGAAUUUACCCGGAACUGCAGAAGUUCUUGGCGAUGUCUGGUAUGCCCUCUUUGUCUGUUGACAGAGAUACCCAAUGGGAAAAGCUGAUUGCUAAAGCUGCUUGUAUAAGAGAUAUAUGUAGGCAGAGGGUGAAACAGGCGUGCUCAGCUCACUCCCUGAAAUGCCUGUACACCAAUGCGUGCAGCAUGGGGAACAAGCAGGAGGAGUUAGAAAUCCAUGUUGGGUCAGGAGAUUAUGACCUGGACCUGGUGCCAAUUCCAGAGACAUGGUGGGAAAACUCCCAUGACUGGAAUGUAGUCAUGGGUGGCUAUACCCUUCUCAGGAAAGACAG